AUGUUUAAGGGUGUUGUGAAUGGUGAAGAACGAAAUUAUGGUUGGGUGAGGCCAACGCCCCGAUAUUUGUCAAGUGAGUUUGAACGUCGGUAUCGUGUAAGAGAUUCCCAAGGUUUCGUGAGAAAGUACUCCUAUCGUGCACGUCUUGAGAGGUUCAUGGAAUAUAUGAAGUGGUCCGUUCGCAGUGCAUGGAAUGAUUAUUUGGAAGGGGAUUGCCAACUUCAAGUUGUUCAAAUGGAUCGUCUUCGGAAGCAUAAGUAUUCUGCAGUGGACACAUCUUGGCUUGAUGAAUUCUGCAUGAAAUGUUUCUGGGAUUAUGUUGUUCAAUUUUACCCUAUGUGGCUUGCACCAAAUUUAAUAACUGUAAUUGGAUUUCUAAUAAAUCUGGCCACAGUUUCCGUGCUGGCUUCUUUUUCAUAUGAUGCAAAAAUGCCUGCGUCGUCUUGGGCUUAUUUCCAAGCAGCAAUUGGCUUGUUUCUAUAUCAGACAUUGGACGCUACUGAUGGAAGACAAGCCCGUCGUACUGGCUCCAGUUCGCCACUUGGUGAGCUCUUCGAUCAUGGUUGUGACGCGAUGUCGCAAGUACUUGUAACUCUAAAUAUUUGCUAUGCCAUGUUGAUUGGACAAGAACGUUACAUGAUGUUAAUGGUUGUUGUUUUAUCUGUUACGCUUUUCUAUUGUGCACACUGGAGUACAUAUUGUACAGGACGUUUGAAAUUUGCGAAAUUUGAUGUUACCGAAGCCCAAAUGGUGGUUAUAUUUGUUCUGUGCGUAACAUGCGUGUUGGGCACUGACUUUUGGACUGAGCGGUUCUUAUGCGUAAGUUUAAAAUACGUGGCUCUUUUUAUCGCUUUACUGGUGUGUUCAUCACAGAUUUGCAACUAUUUCGUCGAUGUCGUUACUGGCGGUGUAGGAAAAAAUGGAUCAACAGUUGCCGAUACCUCUGUUUUGUCACCAUUGAUACCAUUACUGCUGAUGACAACACCAUUUUGUAUGAUCUACAGCAAGUCUGUGACCACAGUUUAUGAUGAUCAUAUUUCAUUGUUCGCUUUAUCUUUUGGCGCAGUAUCAACGAAAGUUACAAUGCGAUUAAUUGUGGCUCACAUGACUAAAAGUAAAUUGACAAUUUGGGAUUGGAUUUAUCUAUCACCUUUGAUGAUGAUGCUUAAUCAGUAUUACGAUACGCCAUUAAAUGAAUUUUAUUUACUUCUUGGUGCAACAGUAAGUAUUUGCUUAGGAUUUUAUUUAAAUUAA